GUUAGAAACAACCUAAAGGUAAAUUGUACUGUUAGAUUAUGGUUUUUUAUAUUGCAAUUGGGGAAGCAAGCAGGAUGUUUCCUGAGUGCGGUGCAUGAUCGUCGAGUGUUAGAGAUUGUCGGAAGUAUAUCAUGGGAAAGGUUUACACGUACACACGAUUCAGGUGGAGCUGUACAAGAGAAAAGGAAACUGGUGAGUUCAGAACUUCGCGUCUAGCUUUCAUACGAACAAAAAGAGAUAAUAACUUAUCCUCUAGAAAUUUCUUACGACGGAUAUGGAUUAUUCUCCUGCUGCCUUUUGUUUUCCGGUGAUCCAUCUUUUGGCAGGUGCCUGUUCGCUACUGGAUCAAGAUUUCUCCAACCGAAACGGCGAAACUCAAUAUGUUCUCCGUCAUCCCAGAGCUCUUCUGGAGUCCGGAAGAUGGCGGCAGCUCACAGGAGAAAGUUCAGCCUGCUUGGCUGCUUGCUGUUUUGGACCAAGUUUCAUCCUAACAGAAGUAACCCUGCUGUACUUCACUAACCCCCCCCCCCCCUACUAUUCACGUGCACCGUUUGAACCCUAUGGGCCUCCCCUCUCCUUGACGUACACGCCAGAGUGAAGACCAUCUAUCAACGAAAACGUUUGAAGAAAAAAAUUAGAAAUAUGGAGAUCAAAACAUUAUUUUCUAGGUAAAUGGGAUGUAGGGGUCCCCAGGUUUGAGCUGGGAUCAUACUAUGUAACAUUUUACCUUUUAGUUUGUAUCAGCAAAUCUAAGCAUAUAUGCAACGGAAUAGUGAUGCAGAGUACCGGCCCGUAGUUUUAGAGCCUAGAAUGACGACUUGAUGAGCACCAUUCUCUGUCGUAUGUGACCAAGGCACACGUGAAGCGACCCACAUACCAUGGUACAAACUUGCAGAACUGGGGAGCUGUCGUAGUUGCUACUAGUACUGUCCAAGCCACCUACACGGCCACCCACGCCAUUAAUUUCCACCGCUACCCAGGUCACAGAAAACAGUAAGCAAGCUAAACAGAAAACCACCGAACAGGAAAGGUGGGGGAGAAAAAGCCAAAAUAUUCCCCCUCCAUAAGGCAACCCCGUCGCCCUCCUCGGUCGUUGUCUAUCUCCUACUCACUCCGCACUCCAGUGCUCCACUGGCGAGAUGGGGAGAGGCGACCCUACCAUCUCGCCGCGCCUCGCGCUCGGGGCGGCGCUGGUGCUGCUCGCGGCGGCGGCGCUGCCUACCCCGGCGGCCGGGGUUAACGUGACGGCAGUGCUCGCUGCGUUCCCCAACUUGGCCGACUUCGCGCGGCUGCUGGCGUCCACCCCCGUGGCCGGCGAGCUGGCCGGGAGGUCGUCGCUGACGCUGCUGGCCGUGCCGAACGCCAACCUGCCGCAAUCGCCCUCGGCGUUCGCUGCGGCUGCCGGCGCUGACAUCGCUGACGUGCUGCGGUACCAUGUCCUGCUCGAGUACCUCUCCCCGUCUGACCUCGCCCGCCUCCCCGCCUCCGGAAAGCUCGUCACAACGCUGUUCCAGACCACGGGCCGCGCGCCCUCCGACCUUGGCGCCGUCAACCUCACCGCGGGGCCAAACUCCACCGUCGUGGUCCGCUCGCCGGCGCCGUCCCCGGGGUCGAACGCCACCGUCCUCGGCGCUGUCACCGCGGUGCCGUACAACCUCAGCGUGCUCACGGUGGGCGGCCUCAUCGUCCCCUCGGGAUUCGACCUCGCGGCCUCCGAGAGCCGCCCGUCCCCGCCGGUGAACAUUACCCGCGUCCUCGCAGAUGCCCGAGGAUUCAAUGUAGCGGCCUCUAUGCUGCAGGCUUCCGGUGUGGCGGGCGAGUUCGAGGCCGACGAACACGGCGCCGGCAUCACCGUCUUCGUCCCCACCGACGACGCCUUCGCCGGCCUCCCCGCCACCGACCGCCUCCAGUCCCUCCCCGCCGAGCGCAAGGCCAUCGUGCUCCGCUUCCACGUACUGCACUCCUACUACCCGCUGGGCUCACUCGAGUCCAUCGUGAACCCUGUCCAGCCCACGCUUGCAACCGAGUACACAGAGGCCGGCCGCUUCACCUUAAACAUCGCCCGCAUCAAUGGCUCCAUCGCAAUCGACACUGGCAUUGUGCAGGCGUCCAUCACCCGAACAGUGUUCGACCAAAAUCCUGUGGCAGUCUUCGCAGUCUCCAAGGUUCUAUUGCCCAAGGAAAUGUUCAGCCGGGUCGAUGCCGAUAGCACGGCCACGGCGCCACCUUCGGUCACAAUGGCGCCAAAUGCCGCCGGAAGCAAGCAGACUCCGCCGACGAGGCUGUUGUCACCACCCGACCUUCAUGGCGAGGAUAACAAGUCGUCAGCCACAUCGGCAAUGGCAAAGGGGACUGGGACUGGGUGGUGGUGUAUAGGAUUGAUGUACCUACAGCUGCAUCUGUUACUACCUCUGGUAUGAGAUCCAGGUGGUACUCGUUGCUCGCUUCCUUGUGCUCAGUUUUUGUUGUUCUUAUUACUGUCCUUUUUCUCACUGUCUUUAGAACGUGCACACCGGGAAAUGGAUGGAAUGGGAAGAGAAUUCCGUAGCUGUAAAAUAGCAAAAAAAUUUAGUUGCUUCACUUGAUUAUUCCCUUUUCUUUUCCUUCGAUCAUGUGUCAAAGGGAAAAUAAUGUCACUUGUAGAAAUCUGUGCUGUCCUUUUGUUCCAAAACAAAUAGCUUUUGCCAUUUUGAGCAUCCUUCUCUCUUUGUUUGUGUU